AUACAACAGAUGUCUGAGGGAUCUAUGUUUGGCCAUGGCCUCAAGCAUCUUUUCCAUAGCCGCAGACGGUCCCGAGAACGGGAGCACCAGAACUCCCAGGAGUCAUCUCAACAGCAGCACCAUGGCAUGUCUGAUCAUGACUCCCCUGACGAAAAAGAACGCUCUCCUGAGAUGCACCGAGUCUCCUAUGCCAUGUCUCUCCAUGAUCUCCCAGCCCGACCCACUGCCUUCAACAGGGUAUUACAGCAGAUCCGCUCCCGUCCUUCUAUCAAGAGGGGGACCAGUUUGCACAGUGGCAGUCGCCGAGCCAAGAGUAGCUCCCUGGAACCCCAGAAAGGCAGCCCUCAUCUUGUCCGCAAGGCUCCCCAGGACAGCAGCCUCACAGCAAUACUUCAUCAACACCAAGGGCGGCCAAGAUCUUCAUCUACCACAGACACUGCUCUCCUUAUGGCUGAGGGAGGGACUAUCGGGCCCCGGGGGGAACCCCACCCCGACCAAGAGGAAGGAAGUAACAAGGAACAGUUGGAUAAAGGGGACACGAGUCAGCUCAGUCUACCUUCCAACACAAGCCAUGGUGAUGCUGAUGGAAACAUCUGCCUUGAUGUUCCAGAUGGCAACCCAGACCCACAGAGGACAAAAGCUGCCAUUGACCAUCUUCACCAGAAGAUCCUCAAGAUCACUGAGCAGAUCAAGAUUGAGCAGGAGGCACGAGAUGACAAUGUGGCUGAGUAUCUGAAGCUUGCCACCAAUGCUGACAAGCAGCAGGCCUCUCGUAUCAAGCAGGUCUUUGAGAAAAAGAACCAGAAAUCAGCUCAGACCAUUGCCCAGUUGCAUAAGAAGCUUGAGCACUACCACAAAAAGCUAAAGGAAAUUGAACAAAAUGGACCCUCACGCCAGCCCAAAGAUGUCUUCCGGGACAUGCAUCAGGGCCUCAAGGAUGUAGGGGCCAAUGUCCGCUCCAGUAUCAGUGGCUUUGGAGGAGGUGUGGUAGAAGGUGUCAAGGGUGGACUGUCAGGCCUUUCCCAAGCCACACAUACAGCUGUGGUCUCUAAACCUCGUGAGUUUGCAAGCUUAAUCCGCAACAAAUUUGGCAGUGCAGAUAACAUUGCUCACUUAAAGGACACUUUGGAUGAUGGGCACCCUGAAGAGGCCUCACGAACUCUCAGUGGCAGUGCCACCUUAGUGUCAAGCCCUAAAUAUGGCAGUGAUGAUGAGUGCUCCAGUGCCACUUCUGGCUCAGCAGCAGGUAGCAACUCUGGGGCAGGCCCUGCUGCUUUAGGCAGCCCCAAAUCUAACACCUUGGAGAGUCACCACUAUAAUUUUGAUACCAUCAUAGAAGAACUGCGGGAGAUAAAAGACAUUCAGUCACACCUUGAGGAUUCCAUGGAAGACCUCAAAACCCAGCUGCAACGAGACUAUACUUACAUGACUCAGUGCUUGCAAGAGGAGCGUUACAGAUAUGAGCGCCUGGAAGAGCAACUGAAUGACCUGACAGAACUUCACCAGAAUGAGAUGACCAAUCUCAAACAGGAACUGGCUAGCAUGGAGGAGAAGGUGGCUUACCAAUCCUAUGAGAGGGCCAGGGACAUUCAGGAAGCUGUGGAAUCCUGCCUGACCCGCGUCACCAAGCUAGAGUUGCAGCAGCAACAGCAGCAGGUGGUGCAGCUGGAAGGCGUGGAAAAUGCCAAUGCCCGAGCCCUGCUGGGCAAAUUCAUCAAUGUCAUCUUGGCCUUGAUGGCUGUGCUGCUGGUCUUUGUGUCCACUGUUGCCAAUUUCAUCACGCCCUUGAUGAAGACCCGCAUGCGCCUCCUGAGCACCACUUUGCUAGUGAUUUUUCUCUUCCUCCUCUGGAAACACUGGGACUCCAUCACUUAUCUCCUGGAACAUGUGCUGCUUCCUAGUUGAUUCCUCUGCCAGCCAGAUGCCAGGGGUUGUGGGGUAUUUGCUUCUUCCUGCGGAGAGGGGGCGGAAACAAGGAGGCUUCCAACUCAGUUUCUUUGUUCAUUCAGAGUAUGUACCCCUCACUUGCUUUCCCGGCACAGCCAUCUUUGUACACAUCCAGCACCCAUCUCAGCAGCAGGGAGUGUAGUUGAAUCACGGCUUGUGAGAGGUGAAAUAAUAACUCCUCUGAGAUGCCUUUGCAAGGGAUUAUGGAGAGGCAGGUGAAGUCCAUAAAGAGCUCUGAUAGCUUUCCUUUAAAACAGACAAAGUGAUGCUGAUGGCAAAGCAGAUCAGAACGGUGUUCUCUAGAGGAAGAUUGUUUUGUUUUUCCUUUCUGAGAAGGAUAGUGAAACGCUCAUUCUUGAGCACAAGGAUAACCUCUGAAGGCAAAAGUUCAGCACUGAAGGUGAACUUUGUUGAAAAUUCCUGCCCCAUAGGAACAUGCACAGAACUGAAGGAAUAGAAUGUACAUAUCACACCAGCUUAUCCAAAUCACAAGGAUAUUUAAUUUCCAUUUCUGUAGAACAGCCGAUAUGCCCUGAAGUAUAGUUGGGCAUUUUAGUAUGAAAGAUUUGUCAUCCUAGCUGGUUGUUUUUACCAAUUAAGUUAUCCCCAAUGGAGACAGGAUCUAAGGAGAGAGUAUCUACCAUUCUGGUGCAAGCAAACUCAACACCUUUGGAUGGAUUUGUUUUGUUUCUUCUUUUUGCUUUAGUAUGUUACCUUCAGGGACUUACAAGAAAUUCUGAUAUCGCAUCUGCAAAUCUUACAAGCUUUGCAAAUGUGUGUGUGUGUAUGUGUGUGUGUCUUAAUUUAUUGGUUUCAGAGUUCUGUUUCCUUUUCGGAAUCAUGUACUGGGUAAAAUUCAGUUGCCUUUACAUCUUCCAUAGUCUUAGAGAAACCAUAGCUUGGAGAGGAGCUUUUUUGAAUGAUUUAACAGCACUAAAGCCUCUGUGCAAAUCAAUGAGUCUUCAGGAUUUUGGCAAGGUUUUAUCAAAUUGUACCAAGAGAAGAUUUACCUGUUACUUGCUGAAAGAGGCAAUUCAUCAUCUUGGCAUAUUCAAGCAAUGUUAUUUACAGAACAAUGCUGUAGUGUUGAACAAAGUCCCUGGAACAUAGGAUCAGGUCCUUUGAUGAAGAUUUUCUCAUAAAAGGGAAAGCAAAUGAUCAGGUCUUCCAUUAUGGGCUCUGCUGCACUUCUGCCGUUUUUGUUCCAAGAAAUCUAAACAAACUACUCAUCAUUCACACCAUUUUGCUUUACAGUAAAACUAUUAGGGCCCGGCACAUUUUGAAGACUUAAAAUGAAAUUAUCUAGCUGAGGUAUUCAUGUCUGAUGAUGUCUUACAAUUUUUGGAAGUACAGUUGCUGGCAAAAGAGAGGUGUAAUCAUAAAUUUGGGCCCGGGUGUGGCUACUCAAGGGAUGCUGGGAGACCAGAAUCAUACUGUCCAAUACAAAAAUUCAGGCUGGAUCUGUAUGUGCAAUGGAGUGAGGUGGUAGAGUCCUGAGAUUAGAGAAUUGACUGCACUACUUCAGACUGGGGAGGGGUUGUCACGUUUUUAAUACUGUUUUACAUUUUUUAAAAAUCCAAACUCUAGAAUCUCGUAUAGCAGAGAGUGGGCUAAGCUAGAACCUACUCCUUGACUUGCCAGAUUUCUGCUUGUAAGGUAAUUUCUCAAAUACAUGGAUUUUUGAAAAAUGGUAUUCUUUACCCGCAGUUUGAAAUGGUUCUGCGUCAUGUAUAAACCUGACCUUAACUUGCAUGUAUGCAGCUGUCACUGGAGAGAUCUUUGAGCUGUUAUCAAAUGGGUAUGUAAAAUGAAAAAGAAAGGCAGUUUUAGGUCAAGAAGUACUAGCAUCAUAUUUGAGUAUCCCUUAUUUUCUGUAAUUGUUGACCCCCAUUGUAUUUUAUGACCCUUUUCAUCUAGUGCAAAUGACUGAGACAGGAGAUCCUAGAAUCCAAGUGUUGCCAGAUUCCACACAAGGGAGGAGACUUGUGUCAUUAGGAAUUGAAUGGAAGGAAGAAUUUUGGCAAAUUCAAUUCCCACCACCACAACACUACAGUAGGAGAAAGUUCAUUCAGCUGAAAUUUUUCUUAGAAGUAUUAAAGACAGAAAAACUUGUUGGUGACUUGCUUUUCCCUUUAUGCUGGACUUUUCUGCUACCUACUUAUAAAUUUCUCCUUUGUUAUGCAAGACACCGUUUCUGAUUUUUACAGCGUACCUUUCUAGAAAGGAUAAUUAUCGGUACGGUGAAUAGUUUAAAACCACAUAACUGGUUCUCAGAACCUGCAGUUUACUUACUUCUUGCAUCUAAAAAUGGAGAUAAAAACAUUUUUUCAUUUUAUUCAUUAGGAUCUAAGAUCAGCCAAUGGAGAAAAGUGGCUUCAGUCUGAAGCUAAAGUUAACUGAGCCUCAGAAGGACCCAUAUCCUCCCAUUGCCACCAUGUUGUGUAGGAUGGAUAUUUGGCCUGUGGAAGGAGCUGGCUUUUCCUAAGGAAGCCUCUGUUGACAACCCCUUUUCAAAGGCACAAUACUGUGGUCUGUCUUUAAUAAUGUCCAGAGAUGUGAAGACCCUAAUUUUUUUAAGCAUAUCCAUUUAUUUUGUGUAUUUUUGGUAGGGGUCAGAAAAUUGACAUACCUUUUCUGAUCAGUUAUGGAAAGGGCUGGUUUUCUAGUGCAUGGACAAUUUUUUAAAGUGAUGUUAGGAUGAAUGUAAGAUGAAUGUUGGAUGAGUUGGAAAAGAGCUCUGAGUGAUGAGAAUACUAACAGUUCCAGAGUACAAAGAUGCAGAUGUGUGGGAUUGUAGCCUUUACCUUUGCUACCAUCCUUGUGCUAACCCUGAGCCAGUCCCUUUCAAUUUAAUGGAUGGGAGGGUCAAUUGUGCUGCAGCGGGUUUGCUUGCAGUAUGGGUUUAAAGCUGCUGCUGUUCACAACUUUAUUUAUUUAUAUUUUUUGUAAAUGGGGCUAGAGGAGUGUUCCCAUGCUGGCUUAGCACAGCAGGAGGAGGGUAUAGCCAGCAUGCAUUUUACAAAACUGAAAAUGUGUUAAAAGUGCAGUUUAUUACUGAUUGUUUUCAUGGUAGGCUGUCUAUGCCCAUGAUCCUCCCACCCGUGUAGAUCCUGUGAUAAACUAGAUAUUUUUGAAUAGUGUGCUCAAAUGUGGAGUGGUAAGAGAAUGGCUGGGUGAUGUUCCCUGACUUGUGUGCACCAGAAGCAAACAAUUGCAAUAGUCCUUUGUGGCCUUAGAAUCAUGAUUCCAUGGUUUAUUUAUUGAUCUCAGUUCAACUGACAGUCUUUCUCCCCCACCCCAGCCCUUUUCCUUGGCCUUUAAGAAGAGGUGGACAUGUGGCAGCACCCUGCAUUUCAGUGGAAACGUAAAUCAGAAGUUUCUUAAGUUACUUCCAUGCCAUCAUCAUCCCCCCAGUACUUGUCUGUAGGUAUGGAGGACUUCCAUGUCCAUGACUGCAAGUGUCCAACAGUGGGUGCACUCACUUGCAGCGCUAUCCUGGCAGAAGCAGUGCUUCAUGGCUGGAAUAUUGUGGUUGGCAGCAUCAUAUGAUCAUUGCAGUUGUAUAAUCAAGCCUGUGAUGAUCGCAUGAAAGAUGUUUCUUGCAACUUGGCUGCUAGUGGUUCCACAUCCACUGUGCACAGAAGAACCACGUGGUUUUGUAGUGCUGUGUUAAAUUCUCAAGAAUGUGGUUGUCUUCUCUCACAGAGGAAGCCUAGGCCCACACCGUGGCAUAACCCUUUUCUGAUGCUGUUUGAUUGUAUUUAUUAUGUAUGCUUGAAUCUUUUCCCACCUCUGCUCCUUUAUUUCCCAAUGGGAAGACCAUCCAAAGGAAGCACUGGUUUCAUUUCACUAUAUUUUUCCAUUCACUUUUCUGAAUAAAAAGAAUUUUAAAAC